CCACAGUGCUAGAAUCAGCGAGCUGUCAGCAGCUUCUUAUCAACACAUCAGUUCCUCAGACACGCAGGUCAGAGGAGGAUAAAUAUCAUGUGUCAAACUAAAGAGAAGUAAAUGAUGAGUGAAGCUGCAGCUCUUCCAGUGAGGACAGCACACACAGAGCAGAGAGACGGUCUACCUGGACGUCAUGGAUCACCUGUUGGUGCUGCUGCUGCUGCUGCUGUGGAGCUCAGGACUCCAGGCUGAAGAAAAUCACAACUCAACAGAGUCUGAUGAUGUCAGGUUGGUGGGAGGAGACAGUCGCUGUGCAGGAACACUGGAGGUGAAACAUCGGGGAGACUGGAGACCAGUGAGUGGCUAUGACUAUGGCUGGACCCUGAAGGAAGCAGCUGCUGUCUGCAGAGAGUUGGACUGUGGCUCUGCUGUUUCUGUAGAACACAGAGAGGAGUCCUCAUGGAGAUCUGUGUGGUGGAUCAGCUCUGACUGUGUUCAUUCUGGAUCUGCUCUGAGGGAGUGUGCAACAUCAGAUUACUCUAACUCUAUCCUGGAUCUCACCUGCUCAGGUAAGCCCAUCAGUGACAUCAUCAGUGACAUCAUCUAUGACAGUAAUGUACCCACAAUGACACACACAUGCAGCAGCUAGAAUCCCAGCAGACUGUCUCCAGCAGUCAUGAUAAAGUCUGUUGAUCUGCUGCCUCCAUACAUCAGCUGCUGAAUGUGUAGUAUUAGUGUUUUGCAACAUACUAUUUGUCCUACACCACCAUCCACUGGUUGUACUGAGUUAUACUUCCUGUUGAGAUGCAAACAUGGAAAUAAAGGGGUUAGCCACCACGUUGA